AUGAUGACCGCUCCUCUCUCGAUCCUUGCUCCCUGUGCUCCUGUGUGCUUUCCCAACCCACUUCACUCCCUCUCUGCUUUCCCAACCCGCUUCACUCCCUCUCUACUUUCCCAACCUGCUUCACUCCCUCUCUGCUUUCCCAACCUGCUUCACUCCCUCUCUGCUUUCCCAACCCGCUUCACUCCCUCUCUGCUUUCCCAACCCGCUUCACUCCCUCUCUGCUUUCCCAACCCGCUUCACUCCCUCUCGGCUUUCCCAACCCGCUUUGCUCCCUCUCGGCUUUCCCAACCAGCUUCGCUCCCUCUCUGCUUUCCCAACCCGCUUCACUCCCUCUCUGCUUUCCCAACCCGCUUCACUCCCUCUCGGCUUUCCCAACCCGCUUCUCCCUCUCUGCUUUCCCAACCCGCUUCGCUCCCUCUCUGCUUUCCCAACCCGCUUCGCUCCCUCUCGGCUUUCCCAACCCGCUUCGCUCCCUCUCUGCUUUCCCAACCAGCUUCACUCCCUCUCUGCUUUCCCAACCCGCUUCGCUCCCUCUCUGCUUUCCCAACCCGCUUCGCUCCCUCUCGGCUUUCCCAACCCGCUUCGCUCCCUCUCUGCUUUCCCAACCCGCUUCGCUCCCUCUCUGCUUUCCCAACCCGCUUCGCUCCCUCUGCUUUCCCAGCCCGCUUCACUCCCUCUCUGCUUUCCCAACCCGCUUUGCUCCCUCUCUGUUUUCCCAACCCGCUUCGCUCCCUCUCUGCUUUCCCAACCCGCUUCGCUCCCUCUCUGCUUUCCCAACCCGCUUCGCUCCCUCUCUGCUUUCCCAACCUGCUUCGCUCCCUCUCUGCUUUCCCAACCCGCUUCACUCCCUCUCUGCUUUCCCAACCCGCUUCACUCCCUCUCUGCUUUCCCAACCCGCUUCACUCCCUCUGUGCUUUCCCAGCCCGCUUCACUCCCUCUCUGCUUUCCCAACCCGCUUCGCUCCCUCUCUGCUUUCCCAACCCGCUUCGCUCCCUCUCUGCUUUCCCAACCCGCUUCACUCCCUCUCUGCUUUCCCAACCCGCUUCACUCCCUCUCUGCUUUCCCAACCCGCUUCACUCCCUCUCUGCUUUCCCAACCCGCUUCGCUCCCUCUCUGCUUUCCCAACCCGCUUCGCUCCCUCUCUGCUUUCCCAACCCGCUUCACUCCCUCUCUGCUUUCCCAACCCGCUUCACUCCCUCUGUGCUUUCCCAACCCGCUUCACUCCCUCUGUGCUUUCCCAACCCGCUUCACUCCCUCUCUGCUUUCCCAACCCGCUUCGCUCCCUCUCUGCUUUCCCAACCCGCUUCGCUCCCUCUCUGCUUUCCCAACCCGCUUCACUCCCUCUCUGCUUUCCCAACCCGCUUCGCUCCCUCUCUGCUUUCCCAACCCGCUUCCCUCCCUCUCUGCUUUCCCAACCCGCUUCCCUCCCUCUCUGCUUUCCCAACCCGCUUCCCUCCCUCUCUGCUUUCCCAAACCGCUUCACUCCCUCUGUGCUUUCCCAACCUGCUUCCCUCCCUCUCUGCUUUCCCAACCCGCUUCACUCCCUCUCUGCUUUCCCAACCCGCAUCACUCCCUCUCUGCUUUCCCAACCCGCUUCGCUCCCUCUCUGCUUUCCCAACCCGCUUCGCUCCCUCUCUGCUUUCCCAACCCGCUUCACUCCCUCUCUGCUUUCCCAACCCGCAUCACUCCCUCUCUGCUUUCCCAACCCGCUUCGCUCCCUCUCUGCUUUCCCAACCCGCAGCACUCCCUCUCUGCUUUCCCAACCCGCUUCGCUCCCUCUCUGCUUUCCCAACCCGCUUCCCUCCCUCUCUGCUUUCCCAACCCGCUUCGCUCCCUCUCUGCUUUCCCAACCCGCUUCACCCCCUCUCUGCUUUCCGCUUCGCUCCCUCUCUGCUUUCCCAACCCGCUUCCCUCCCUCUCUGCUUUCCCAACCCGCUUCCCUCCCUCUCUGCUUUUCCAAACCGCUUCACUCCCUCUGUGCUUUCCCAACCUGCUUCCCUCCCUCUCUGCUUUCCCAACCCGCUUCACUCCCUCUCUGCUUUCCCAACCCGCUUCGCUCCCUCUCUGCUUUCUCAACCCGCUUCACUCCCUCUCUGCUUUCCCAACCCGCUUCCCUCCCUCUCUGCUUUCCCAACCCGCUUCCCUCCCUCUCUGCUUUCCCAAACCGCUUCACUCCCUCUGUGCUUUCCCAACCCGCUUCACUCCCUCUCUGCUUUCCCAACCCGCUUCACUCCCUCUCUGCUUUCCCAACCCGCUUCGCUACCUCUCUGCUUUCCCAACCCGCUUCCCUCCCUCUCUGCUUUCCCAACCCGCUUCGCUCCCUCUCUGCUUUCCCAACCCGCUUCGCUCCCUCUCUGCUUUCCCAACCCGCUUCACUCCCUCUCUGCUUUCCCAACCCGCUUCACUCCCUCUCUGCUUUCCCAACCCGCUUCCCUCCCUCUCUGCUUUCCCAACCCGCUUCCCUCCCUCUCUGCUUUCCCAACCCGCUUCGCUCCCUCUCUGCUUUCCCAACCCGCUUCCCUCCCUCUCUGCUUUCCCAACCCGCUUCACUCCCUCUCUGCUUUCCCAACCCGCUUCGCUCCCUCUCUGCUUUCCCAACCCGCUUCACUCCCUCUCUGCUUUCCCAACCCGCAUCACUCCCUCUCUGCUUUCCCAACCCGCUUCGCUCCCUCUCUGCUUUCCCAACCCGCUUCCCUCCCUCUCUGCUUUCCCAACCCGCUUCGCUCCCUCUCUGCUUUCCCAACCCGCUUCGCUCCCUCUCUGCUUUCCCAACCCGCUUCACUCCCUCUCUGCUUUCCCAACCCGCAUCACUCCCUCUCUGCUUUCCCAACCCGCUUCGCUCCCUCUCUGCUUUCCCAACCCGCAUCACUCCCUCUCUGCUUUCCCAACCCGCUUCGCUCCCUCUCUGCUUUCCUAACCCGCUUCCCUCCCUCUCUGCUUUCCCAACCCGCUUCGCUCCCUCUCUGCUUUCCCAACCCGCUUCAACCCCUCUCUGCUUUCCGCUUCGCUCCCUCUCUGCUUUCCCAACCCGCUUCCCUCCCUCUCUGCUUUCCCAACCCGCUUCCCUCCCUCUCUGCUUUCCCAAACCGCUUCACUCCCUCUGUGCUUUCCCAACCUGCUUCCCUCCCUCUCUGCUUUCCCAACCCGCUUCACUCCCUCUCUGCUUUCCCAACCCGCUUCGCUCCCUCUCUGCUUUCUCAACCCGCUUCUCUCCCUCUCUGCUUUCCCAGCCCGCUUCCCUCCCUCUCUGCUUUCCCAACCCGCUUCCCUCCCUCUCUGCUUUCCCAAACCGCUUCACUCCCUCUCUGCUUUCCCAACCCGCUUCACUCCCUCUCUGCUUUCCCAACCCGCUUCACUCCCUCUCUGCUUUCCCAACCCACUUCACUCCCUCUCUGCUUUCCCAACCCGCUUCACUCCCUCUGUGCUCCCUGUGCAGUCAGCUGGGCAUCAACGUCAGUCAGGAGCCCGUGUCCUUCCCCCCAGCCCGUGUCCUUCCCCCCAGCCCGUGUCCUUCCCCCCAGCCCGUGUCCUUCCCCCCAGCCCGUGUCCUUCCCCCCAGCCCGUGUCCUUCCCCCCAGCCCGUGUCCUUCCCCCCAGCCCGUGUCCUUCCCCCCAGUCCCUUUCCUUCCCCCCAGCCCCUUUCCUUCCCCCCAGCCCCUUUCCUUCCCCCCAGCCCCUUUCCUUCCCCCCAGCCCCUUUCCUUCCCCCCAGCCCCUUUCCUUCCCCCCAGCCCCUUUCCUUCCCCCCAGCCCCUUUCCUUCCCGCCAGCCCCUUUCCUUCCCCCCAGCCCCUUUCCUUCCCCCCAGCCCCUUUCCUUCCCCCCAGCCCCUUUCAUUGCAACCCGUUCCAGCCUCUUUCCUUUCCCCUCCAACCCCGAGCCUCUUUCCUUCCCCCUCCCCCAGCCCCUUCCCCUUCCCCUUCCCCCCCUUCCUUGCUUCCCCUCAUGGGCCUUCUCCCGUCUCUCAGCAGUCUAUGGGGGGAUUUGACUCCCAAGGCUUGCUCAUCUCUUUCUCCCUGUCUCCUCUUCCCUCCCCACGAGGCAUUUCCCCAACCUCCCAACCUUCCCAUUUUCCUGGUCUUUCCAGUCGCCACCUCCCCCUCUCCCACCCUCAGGAGUGUGAGGAGAUCGUUGCAGCCAUGCAUGCAUCCCUCGUCUCCCCUUCACUCCCCACAUGCCACACCCCCUCCAUCUUCCCCUCUCUCCUCACCCACAGGAGAGUGUGUGGAGAUCCUUGCAACCAUGGAUCGCUGCUCCUCCUCCCCUCACCCCCACUUUCCCCACCACUCUCCACUCCUCCAACCACCCUAAACACCUUCUCUUCUCCUCUCUCUCCACACCCGCAGGAGUUUGAGGAAAUCUUUGCAACAAUGGAUCGCAACGGCGAUGGGUCGAUAGAUUUUGAGGAGUACGUUGCGGUGAUGAGCGGUUACAUGGGCGAGCAGAACAUGCAGCAGGACCUCAUCGCCAUGUACCAGCUCUUCUCCGAUAAGCGAACUGGCAAGAUAUCGCAGCGCACGCUGAAGAGGGGCGUGUUGGACCUUGGGAUUGUCUUCUCCGAUGACGAGAUCAGGGGCAUGUUCUACAGUGCUGACGUGGAUGGCAAUGGGGAGAUUGACAUAGAUGAGUUUUCUCGCAUUGCUGAGGUGGCAGGGAUCUGCUGA